GGCGGAGCUGGGAUCGCAGUGCACGAGCGGCACUCAGCUGAUGAGAGGCUCGCAGACAGCAGACAGGCUCCAUGGCAACAAUCAUGGCAGAGGCAGAGACCCGACAGAGGCUGCUGCGCACCGUCAAGAAGGAGGUGAAGCAGAUUAUGGAGGAAGCCGUCACCAGGAAAUUUGUUCACGAAGACAGCAGCCAUAUUGUGUCCUUUUGUGCUGCAGUGGAGGCAUGUGUUCUGCACGGGCUGAAACGGCGAGCAGCCGGCUUUCUGCGUAGCAACAAGAUAGCAGCACUCUUCAUGAAGGUGGGGAAGAGCUUCGGCCCAGCGGAGGAGUUGUGUAGGAAGGCCCAGGAGCUCGAGCAGAUCAUCCAGACAAAGCGAAGUCAAAGCUUGCAAAGUCAGGACGGCCUUCGCAAGAUGCCUCGACUGCCCAGCCUCACUCCGCAGGGAGGCAAGAACAUGUGGAUCCGGACGGCUCUAUUUGACAAGGUGUUGGACAAGAUUGUCCUCUUCCUGGUGGAGAACAGCAGUAAAUACUACGAGAAAGAAGCUGUUCUCAUGGACCCUGUGGACGGACCUAUCCUGGCCUCUCUGUUAGUUGGACCUUGUGCUUUGGAAUAUACAAAGAUGAAGACAGCCGACCACUUCUGGACCGACCCGUCUGCUGACGAGUUGGUGCAAAGACACCGUAUCCAUGGUGGCCAUUGCAGACAGGACUCUCCCACUAAGAGGCCUGCACUGUGUAUCCAGAAGCGGCACUCCAGCAGCAGCAUGGACGAACGCCCUUCCCCUUCCCCAUCAGCUCGUGAAUAUGUGGAGUCGCUGCAUCAAAACAGCAGAGUGACCUUACUGUUUGGGAAAAACAAUGUGCUCGUUCAACCGAGGGACGACAUGGAGGCCAUCCCAGGUUACCUCUCUCUGCACCAGAAUGCUGACCUCAUGACCCUGAAGUGGACACCCAACCAGCUCAUGAACGGCUCUGUUGGAGACUUGGACUACGAACAUAGUGUAUACUGGGAUUAUGCCAUGACCAUCCCUUUGGGGGAGAUAGUUUACUUACACUGUCAUCAACAAGUUGACAGCGGGGGGACGGUGGUGCUGGUCAGUCAGGAUGGGAUACAGAGACCUCCACUUCGCUUCCCCAGAGGCGGCCACUUGCUCCAGUUCCUCUCCUGCCUGGAGAACGGCCUGCUUCCCCACGGCCAGCUGGACCCUCCACUCUGGUCCCAGAGGGGAAAGGGGAAGGUGUUUCCCAAGCUGCGUAAUAGGGUUCCUCAGGGAUCUGGAUCCUCAGACUCAGUCUCAGAUAAGGAGGAGGACGAGGCCACAGACUAUGUCUUCCGCAUCCUCUUUCCAAACAGCCAGUCAGAGUUCGUGACUCCUCCAGACUUGAUGGAUCAGGGGGCUACAAUGUGGCAUCUCACUCUCAGGAAGUCCUCGUGUUCCUCUUGUUCUCAGGGGAGCUUCUCUGAUGGGGCAACACCCAAGGGGUGCAACCAUGAUAGGGCUCCUCUGAAACUGCUGUGCGACAGCAUGAAGAAUCAAAUCAUCUCUCGGGCGUUUUAUGGCUGGUUGGCAUACUGCCGUCACCUGUCCACCGUGCGUACACACCUCUCUGCUCUCGUCAAUCACACCAUUGUGGCGCCCGAAGUGCCGUGCGAUGCCUACAAAGGGCUCACCACGGAUGUGUGGCAGACGUUCCUCCAGGACUGCACAGCAUACGAUGAGGAGGAGCUUCUUCGUUUGGUCUACUUCGGUGGUGUGGAUGCCUCGCUGCGUAAAGAGGUGUGGCCUUUUCUGCUGGGCCAUUACCAGUUUGGCAUGACAGCAGCUGAGAGGAAAGAGGUGGACGAGCAGGUCCAAGUGUGCUACCAACAGACCAUGCGUGAGUGGCUCGGCUGCGAGGAGAUCGUCCGCCAGCGGGAGAAGGAGCAGCAUGCUGCUGCAUUAGCAAAGUGCUCCUCAGGAGCGAGCAUGGACAGUUCCAAUCAGAAGAUGAUCCACCACAACUCCACUGUGAGCAAUGAGUCCCAGUCCCCCCAGAGCUCAGACAGGCAGAGUCUGGCUCGCCUGCAGAGUGACUCCAGCAGCAGCACACAGUUCUUCACAUCCUCCCCUCCCUUCCCCUGGAGCAGCCUGCUUCCCUUUGGCUUGUUCUUUCAGGUGUUUGAGUCUGUAGAGGAGGUUGAUCAGAUCGAGACGGAGCCUAAGAGCGAGGAGGCUAAACAGGUGCCAAAGAUACCCAAUGGAGCUCUGCAGAACGGGAUAAACUCUCCUGACUCCGGACAUCCCUCCUCCCGGAACUUCUCAGUCACCUCCGGCCUGUCGGACGGCUCACUCAGCACAGAGGACAGCGCUGCACCUGAUACAAGCCCGAGAUCUGCAGCUGUUCCUCAGGAACCACAGAGCCCAGUCAAACCUGCAGGGGUAGAACGUGAAUGUCCGACAGAUGAGAAGGACAGCCAAGUGAGAGGUAAAGUGAAGAACCAAGAGGAGGAGGAGAAAGCACCUGAUGUGACCAAAUCUGCAGAAAUUACCAAGACUGAGGAGCUGGUGAAGGCCAACGAAGACACAAGUCUGCAACCCAAAACACAAGCAACUGUUGAGGAGUCUGGAGCCAUUGAAACAGAGGGGCCCAAGUGUGAAAAUAAAGAUGCACUGGCAGACAUGAAGGGAGUUACAUCUGCAGAGUCAGGGGAAACAGAACAAAAAGUGCCUGGUGAGGAACCUGUGGAGCAAAGUCUUAAAAAAGCCGUAAAAGUGAGUAUUGAGGAAACUUCAAAGCGUGAGAAAUCUGCAGAAACAAACGUGGAAAAAACGGAUGAAAUGGACGGAUCAAAGUCAAAUAAACCACAAGAUGUUUUAUUGGCAGAUUGGAGAGGAAAUAUAUUCGUUGAUCACAAGACUCCUGUGGUUGAAAAGAGCCUAGCUUUGUCAGCCGACAGCGGGAUCUUAAGAGCAAGAGACGCCUACUUUUCCUCCCAGACAGACGAGGCUCAGCUUAUGACUGAGUCUGAUGAGUCCCCCUCCGCCAUAGAGAUGGAGGAGAUCCCAAAAGCCAAAGUUUCCAUGGUGCCUUUGAGCAGGAAGGGACGCUGUGAAGCAUUGUCUUUCUCUGAGGACUCGGCCCCCCACAUUGAGCUCAGGCACAAGGAAGAGCAGGGCAAGACCAUCCUGUGUGAGGAGCCACAGAUGGAGAGUCUUUACCCUGAAUGUAAGUCUCUGGCCGAGUCUGGAGACGCCAAGAAUGAAGCCACCACUCAAGAAUCGGCUGGGAGUACCUUCUCUCAAGAGCUUUUGGACUUGUAUACAUUAAAUCUGCACCGCAUUGAAAAGGAUGUCCAGCGCUGUGACCGAAACUAUUGGUACUUCACUCCUGCCAACCUGGAGAAACUGCGCAACAUCAUGUGCAGCUAUAUCUGGAGGCACCUUGACAUCGGUUACGUACAGGGCAUGUGUGAUCUGCUUGCUCCACUGCUGGUCAUUUUGGAUGAUGAGGCCAUGGCCUUCAGCUGUUUCACUGAGCUCAUGAAGAGAAUGAAUCACAACUUUCCACACGGAGGAGCUAUGGAUACUCACUUUGCCAACAUGCGCUCUCUAAUCCAGAUCCUGGAUUCUGAGGUGUUUGAGCUAAUGCACCAGAACGGAGACUACACCCACUUCUACUUCUGCUACCGCUGGUUUCUGCUCGACUUCAAGCGAGAGUUUGUGUACGAUGACGUGUUUGCAGUGUGGGAAACCAUCUGGGCAGCCAAGUGUGUCUCUUCUAGUCACUUUGUCCUCUUCAUUGCCCUGGCACUGGUGGAGAUCUACAGGGACAUCAUCCUGGAGAACAACAUGGACUUUACUGACAUCAUCAAGUUCUUCAAUGAAAUGGCUGAGCACCACAACUUAAAGCAGAUUUUGACCGUGGCCAGAGAUCUGCUGUGUAAGGUGCAAAUGCUUAUAGAGAACAAGUGAUGGUGCUCUUUGUCUUCUGCUUCCUUCCAAGUGUGACUGGCUGUAGCAGCACACGAUUUGAUACAUCUGAGCACACACACUCUCUCUCUCUCUCUGUCUCUCUCUCUUCUCUCCCUCUAUCUAUAUAUAUCUCUUCUCUCUCUCUCUCUCUCUCUCUCUCUCUCUAUCUCUAUCUCUAUCUAUAUAUCUCUCUUCUCUCUAUCUCUCUCUCUCUCUCUCUCUCUCUCUCUCUCGCUCUCUCUCGCUCUCUAUCUCUCACACAUACUAUACAAAGCCUUUACAGUCACCAUUUGCUGCUAUGAGCCUUAUUGACUGUAUCCACAAUGGUGUUUGUGUUGUCAACAGAUGUGAGAAUAUUAUGCUUCAUAUUUGUCUGUAUGUUCAAGUGAAAACAAAUUUAUCUGAAAAAGCUUUUCUUUAAUUUCUAAAUAUAUCUGCCAGAAAUUCCUUUUGUGUCAAUCUUAAUCCGAGUGCAACAUUUUGAGAUAAUAAUGGUCUUGUUGCACAUUUUAAACAAAAUUCUCAAAAGUCCACCAGAGAAUGCAAAGAAUACGUUGUGAUGAUAGUUUAUAAUCAUUAUUUCAACAGUCAAGUCUACAAGAUUAUACUUUAAAUAUAUCGGCACGUUAUAUUCGUACUCCUAUCUCCUAUUAAAGGACAGAAUGUCAGCAGACUUUCCAUUUUCCUUGAAUGCAACACCCCCAAAAUGUAAUUACGUUCUGCCGAUGACAGAACGCUGGCUUGUAAUCCUUAAACUCCAUUUCUGUUUUACACACAACAUUAAGGAUAAUUUAGAGUCUAGCACCAUGUCAGUGAUUUAGCAUCCAACAGUGUUUAAAAUGUUUUAAUUGAACUGCCUCGUCUGCCAAAUAUUGUCUUUAUUUGUUAUGUGUGAAUUGUACUGUACUGAGAGAAACAAUGUGUUUAACUUAUGAGGAUUAUAAUAUGUCAAAUCUAAUAUUAAAGUGACUUACGGAUGUCUGUGCAGAGAUUUAUAUAAAGCAACAAGCCUCUUAAGUUAUGUUUCCUUAUCUAAUGAACCUCUGUAUAUUUUGUAAAUUGUGCAGUUUACUCACCUUGAUUUUUGUCUUGUAUUGUCUGGCGCCUUUUUGUUGAUUUUAAAUGUUAAUUUCCGCUUGAAUGUGACUGAAUUAGUAAAAUCAGACGAGACAGUGGAAACAGUUAGUCAGAGACCAAAUGAGAAGUUGUUUGGCGCCGUGUUAUUGAGAUUCUUUAAUGUGAGAGUGAGUCAGACGCAGAUGAGAAUGAAAGGUACAUGAUGUUAUGUGGGAAACUGUGUUGAUGUUUUGGCAGAUUUGGGAUUUGUGAGGACAUUCAAUAUAUGCUUUUAACCCCUAAAUGAAUACUAAUGUUGGCCCUGAGCUACCGACAUUCAUGCUCGUCAUUCAUUGCCUAAAACUUAGUUGGUCUUCAAGUAUUGUUUCAUGGAUGUGGUAAGAUGAAUUGCUUUUAAUAUUGGUGCUUCUGUGAAUGCUUACUGCUGCCAGAAAACCUAUUUUUAGUAUAAUGUGACAUUUAUUUAGCAAGUAUUUAUUUAUUUAUUCAUUUAUUUUCGCAUUCAGAUGCUGCUUUGUUUGUGAAGCUGAUGUUUUCAUUUUGUGGCCAGUUCUAAAUGUGUCUUGUAAAACAAUCAAAUUCUAUACUAAGAGUUCAUAUAUAGUAUAUAUUAAAUGGUAUAUGUUUUUAUAAUAAAAAAAUAAAAAUGGAA